CAUGUAUCCCAUGAAUCUAAAUGAAACUAUCUUAGUGUAAAAACAAAAUUUGUUGACGUUGUAGUUCCAGACUUAUAUAUGCAGCGUGGGAAAAGGUUAUCUCAAUGGAAAUCCACAAUUCUGAGAAAACACUAUUUUUUGGAAACACCCUCUUCUUAGAUUAUAAUCUUACUUGGAUAAGAGGUAAAGCUUGACAUUAAGGUUCCCUUAAUUGACCUUUAGCAAAAGUGUUACUAAAGAUCCAAUCUGUAAAUAAAGGUUAUAUAAUGUAGAUUUUUCAGCACAUAUUCUGUCUGUGGAUUGAGGUCUUUAGGCUUUCUAGCUGGCAUGGACGGAGCCCUGUGUCUCUCUCUCGGUCUCACAUACACACAUGCACAUUUGUCUUUUGUCCAGCACUGCAAGUAGGUGUGGCAGGUUAUGAUGGAACCCACGUUGACCGGAUAAAGGAGCCUCUGUGUACAAGUUGGGGUGUAAAUGAGUUAACAGUAAGCAGACUGUCUCGGCUCCCAAAGACACCUAACACACCACUCCAGUUAACUUGCACUAAUUUCAUCAUCCUGUCGCACGAAUUGUCCUGUUGACAUGGCACCUGUAGCUGCUGGAUUCACCUUGAAACAAGUGGUCUAAAGUCAAAUAAAGGCAAAUAUCUGUGUGUGUCCAAGUAAAUAGAUUCCCUCUGACUUAUUGUUGGAAUGCGACAGGUGUUCAUUUUUUCAUCAAUAUUUUUGUCAUUCCCAGUCACUGUUGCUCUGGCAACAUGAGCCACCCUGAUUGGGAAAGCUGCACAGUUUGACCGACAGUCCAAAAAUUACUUAAAGGGAAUCUUUAACACUUGCCGUUAUUCACCUCUUCGAUCAACAUGCACCUACAAAAUAGCAUUUCCCUCUGUGGUGUUAUCAGGAUGAUCGGAGCAACUAAACAAAUGUCACAGAGUAAAAGACGGCCUGUUCUGAGCGUUAUGCCCAAACCCAUGUAAAUUAUUUAAUGGUUCUGAGUGCAAUAGGUUUUAGAGAAUGUAGCCUCUAUGUGUUUUACACAGCCUCUAAUGAAUUACACCAGCCGCAAAACCAACUGGCCCGUUUAAAGGUGACGUGAAUGAGAGGUUGUUAGCCGGCCGAACAUCUAGGGAACAUGUUAGGUGACUCGUAUGCAGUUCUGCGUUUAAUGGGGCAUGAUAAAUACUCCCAGGUUGGGGAACCUCCCCUCCCUAUUUAACACCCAUCAUUCAGUUCUAAUCUCCGCAGUUUGGAGUUGGGAAAUAUUCCCAGACAGUUUCUCAACAGAGCGACAUUGAAUCAACUAGGUGAAUUCUCCUCUAAUUAAUCUGAUGCUUUGCCUAAAGUAUUCUGGACUGUAUGGGCAAUGAAACUGGGAAAUAAAACCCCUCUGAUGACUUAGAUUUUAUUGUUAAAGCUAUGUUGACAGUGGCCACUGGGUGGCAGGCCAUAGCAGGGCGUCUCUUCUGUGGCCCUCGAGGUUGAUCGUACGUUGACCCAGCUGGCCGUCAUUCACUAGGGAGUACUCAGCACACUCCUAAUAUUGGUUUUGUUUUCAUAAGCUUGAUGAGUUAGGCUUAAGUCAAAACUUGGGCCUGUAUGAUUUGCAGUACACCUAAAUACAGUCUGCAUAGAUGUCAUGUGUACCUGGUUGGGCUCAAGGUAGGCCCAAAUUGUUAUGGUAAGGUAUGUGUGUUUGUCUAAAACUGCAAGAUAAAGAUAUGCUAUAAGCCAGGGGUUCUCAAACCUCGCCUGAGGGGGGGGCAGCCAUUCCCCUAAUUAGAUGUAUUCCAAACGUCUUUUUAAAAUAGCAAAAUUAUAUUAAUCGGAAAAACAUUUGUUUUAAACAUUACCCACAAUUUAUUUGUAAUGAUCUAACACACAGACCGUUUUUAUAGCUAAAUGGGGAAAAUCAUCCCGGUUUAUCCUAGAGUGGAAUUCGCUAUAAACUCAAAAUAAAAAAGAGGGACUUCAGCUUUAAGAAAGAGGCGUGUCGUACCGAGAUGACGCAGGAAUAAUAAUGAAAAGAUGCUUCAAAAUUCCUCCCCUCGGCCAGCGUGUGUGGUAGCUGUCUGGGCAGUUACCAUAUUUAAACAAGAGGAAUGACCAGGGAAACGGGAGAAUUAGUUAGCAAAACAGAGGGGAUUCUUCCAUCAUUUGAGAAGGUUGCAGGAGACUGUCUGUGCAGCAUCAUACACUUCAUUCAUUUUGAAACUGUAUUUAAAUCAUUCAAAGAAAAGGGCAAUUUAAUUUAGAUUUUUUGUUGGACAUUUGCACUUGCAAUUUAGACUACCUGUGCAAUUCGAGCCCGCGGUACCGGGGACACAGUUGACAUAGAGAGGAUAUCACAUAUUGAAUAAGUAUUGAUUAUAGUCGAAUCAGAACUUUUAAACCUGCAUCAUGACAUGUUUCAUAUUAUUAUGUUUUUACCUUUGUCUGGGGCUUUUACCUGUCCGGACAAGUGCCGCUGUGAAUGAGGACAUCGAAGUAUUGGUGAUUCUGCCCAAAAAUAACUCCUAUAUUUUCUCAUUAGCAAGAGUGACCCCUGCCAUCGAGUAUGCACGGCAAAAGUUGAAAAUACCCGGCGGUCUGUACUCUGGACUUAAUUUCAAUAUGCGCUAUGAGGAUUCCGGCUGUGGCAAUGAUGCGCUCUUCUCCCUGGUGGACCGCUCCUGCGAGAAGAAGCCGGACUUAGUUCUCGGUCCCGUAUGUGAAUACGCUGCAGCGCCGGUAGUACGGAUGGCUUCCCACUGGAACAUCCCGGUAAUAUCAGCAGGUGCUCUGGCCAGCGGUUAUAGGGACAAGGAUAAAGAAUACACUCACCUGACCCGAAUCUCCCCGUCUUACCUCAAAAUGGCAGAAACGUUCGCUGCGAUGUUCCACCACUUCAACUGGAAAGAGGCGCUGCUGAUUUUCGAUGAUGACAAAGAGGAGAGAAACUGUUACUUCACUGUGGAAGGCGUGCACAUCAAACUCAUGGAUCAAUAUCACAUCAGCCCGGUAGUCAUCAACUCUAAAGAUGAGCACGUGAACGCAGAUGACCUCAUCAAAUUGAUCUACGAGAGUGAAGUUGUUAUCAUGUGUGCGGGAGCAGACAUCGUCCGAGACAUCAUGUUAGCAGCUCACAGACGGAGGCUCACCAAUGGCUCCUACAUCUUCUUCAACAUUGAACUCUUUAACAACACAUCUUACGGCAACGGGUCAUGGAAGCGAGGCGAUAAGUACGACAACGAGGCACGACAGGCCUACUCAGCCCUCAACACCGUGACCCUGCUCAGAACAGUGAAGCCGGAGUUUGAGAACUUCUCCCUGGAAGUGAAGAGAUCCAUCCAGAAGGCCGGUCUACCUGACUGUGAAAACUGUGACAAUAUCAACAUGUUUGUGGAAGGGUUCCAUGAUGCUCUGGUGCUGUACGCCCUGGCGUUGCAUGAAGCCAUCAGGAAUGGAUUCACCAAGAAGGACGGGGCCGAGAUCACAAACCGCAUGUGGAACAGGACAUUUGAAGGCAUCGCAGGCCAGGUGUCACUGGACUUCUAUGGGGACCGAUAUGGAGACUUCUCUGUGAUGAGCAUGACCAACCCAGAGGCCGGCACCUAUGAGACGGUGUGUAACUACUUUGGCGUGAACGAGAGUUUCCAGAUGCUUCCGGGAUUCAACCCUGAGCACUUCACUCUGAAAGGACGCCACAGAAUCACCCACACAGACCUGCCGGACAAAUCAUCAGGUGGUCUAGGUGUAUCGGCUGUUACCGGGAUCAUAGUGGGUUCCCUGUUGGGGACAGCGUUGCUUAUGGCAUUCUAUUUUUUCAGGAAGAACUACAGGAUAACCAUUGAGCGAAGGACGACGAGGGAAGAGUGUGACAUUGGGAAGCAUCGUCAGUUGCGGGAAGACUCCAUCAGAUCUAAUUUCUCGGCGGCGUAGUGUGUUCAUUUCCGCUGCCGUCCUCGACUCCUGAUGUUCCCGUUCCAGGGAAGUAGCGUAGCACAGAGGAACCCAUCCUGGGAAUGUGACCAAAGACUCCACACAUUCCACAAAGCUGUCGGAGUAAUAAUGCUAUUUAAAGAAAGACAUGUUUAUUUUUUUCUUCUUUUUCUUUUUGUCUGUUUGAAAGUUUUUGACUUUUCAUAAACUCAGGAAAGUUAUACCAAUCACACAGCACCACUUGCAUCGCAUUGGAUCUCAUCUCUGUAGAAAGAUAUGGAUUAUUUAUGUAUAAUAUAAUCUAUCUAUCUAUCUAUAUACACUUACCUAAAGGAUUAUUAGGAACACCUGUUCAAUUUCUCA